UGGAGCCUCCCAGCUCCGAAGCGAAUGGAAAGAUCCGGCAGGAACUCCGCGGCCGGGAGAAGAAGUUGGGAGAAGGAGCGGCCGUAGUCGCGGGGAGUACCGUCGGCGAACAGACAGACAGACAGACCGCCCAGAUUAUCUCCCAACUUGGAUAAUGUCUACCGCCUUAGUGGUGACACAUCAACUGAGAGAAAAUACAGAGACAGCAAAAAAUUUCCUCUUUCGUGGAUCUACCUUGUCUGAGAUUAUUGAAGAAACGGAAUAUAUUAAAAAGAUUCGUUCCACGCUAGCAAAAGUUCAGCCUCUGUUAUAUAAAAAGGAAUUCAACCCUAGCAUUGAAAAUGGCACGCUGGAUUCAAAGCUGCGUUUUACAGAAUCUGGAUUGGUCCCUGAUGAAGAGACGCUGUCUUCCAACAACGAGGAGACAUUAAAAAGGAUGAAAGAAGUAGAAGAAGAAUUAUUAUGUGUGAACAAAGAAAACGAAAGGCUAAAGAUGAAGCUUGAAGCUUUAAGGGCAGCCGGUGUUGAGUGUUUGAAGCAAAGCUCCCAAAAGCUCCAGGAGAAUUACACGAAACGUUCUGAAGAUAAGAAGAAAAGACAGGAAGGAGUCAUAAAUAAAAUGAAGGCCCGCAAACUUGAGCAAGAGCAGAUCUUAAAGCAAAGCACAGACAGCCUCAGCCAGCUAAGCGUGCAAUUGAAUGAGAAAUAUGGCCAGGUUGAAGAACUGGGAAAACGAGUACAAAGGAUGGAAGAGGAAAAGAAAACACUGGAUGAAAAGAAACAGCUUUUAAAAAAGAAGUUGCAUCAGAUGAUGUCAAAAGCUGAGAAUGCUCAAAGCUGUGUAAAAGUUCAGUCAGAGAUGUGUGUUCUUCAGGAGCAAAUUACUCACCUGGACAGUGUGAUCCAUACUCAGCACCAACAUUUGCACAAUCUGAUUCACCAGAUCGAGGGGCUGAAUAACGAACUGAAAUAUCAGGAUGAAAGAAUAGAAAACUUAAAAGACCAGAUAGCAAUGCUUCAAUUAAAGAACAAGGAACUGAAGUAUCAAGUGGAAUUCUACAAGACCCAAUCAAAACCAAAAAUCUCCAAAGCUGUUUGCACAAGGAUUGAUGAGGACUUGCCGUACCUUGUAAUAUCCAGACUACGCAAGUGACCUAUUCCCAUGAGGUCUGAACCUUCCUCAGAUCCAUUACAAGGAUAGUUAUUUCUUUCCAGAAGCAUUUCCAUUGGAUUUACCUGCACAGUGAACUUCAGCGUCACCUUACAAAUUUCAUCUUUUGAAUUAAUGAAUAGAAUCUCAAGAUCAUCUUCUAAGGAAAGAAGUAAAUUCAGAUGUGACAGAAGGCAUCCAGGAGGCUGGGACAUAUGGAGGGAGAGAGUCCAUUUUUAGUCAUCUAUGGGCCCAUUAUUAGAAGCAUUGUGGUUGUUCUUACCGGUGAUGGAAAUACAUUGGCUUCAGAACUCAUUAAUCCAUAAGGACCAAUUACUUCCUGCAAGUUCCAUAACGUGCAUCUGAAUCUACACUGAAGAAUAUUACGGUGGACUAAGGCAGCUGGAUCAAAUAUAUGAUGUGGAGCUCAGAUAUGUCGUUCAGCUGAUCCGCAACUGACUAAUACUAGUUUUGUGAGAAUUCUCUCUUCUUGGUUUUGGAUACCAGGUGAGAGAGAGAAAGAUGAUAAAUGAGCACUUGUGUGGCGACUGCAUCAAUCUAAUAGAAAAAAAAAUCUCUCAUCACACCAAAUUGUAGCUCUUAGUAUUAUAUUUUAUGGAGAACUAGCUGAUAACCCAACGUUACCCGGGUAUUUAUUUAUCCCAAUCCUGUAUUAGACAGGAAGAGCAACUUCACCCUGCACCCUGAUUUCGGCAAGAAUUAAAUUAAUUAAAAAAGUUUUCCCUGUUCAACAAGAAGCAUCAAGUAAAAUGAUACAACCUUGUUGUUUUGCUAGCUGAUCCAUGAUCAUUUGGUAUGCUUUUUCUGAACUUGAUUUAGAAGUGGCUUUUUGUCCGCGAUAUAUGCACUAAGCUGUUCAGUGUUAUAGUUCUUUUCUCGUAGGUAAUCUGCGUGAAGUACGUCGUAUUAGUCUCGUAGUGGUGUAGGCAGGCUGAGUUGCAGUAAUGUUGUAUUGAUCAUGGCCAUACAUAUGUCCUCAAGAAUAAUCAAACCUUGUUGAAAAUGUCCAGACUAAACGUAAUUUCUAAUGUUGGAUUUUCCCCCUUACCAGAGGGAGCCCCCUUGUGGAGCCAUUACCAUAGCAACUCCACUGUGCUGCACAGUAGAAGUUAUUUUAAGGCAGUACAGUAGAAGCCAUUUUAAGGCACAACAGGCUGUAUCUUAACAGAACACACACGCCAAGGGGUGUUAGGGGUGUCUUACCCCCACAGUAUUUUUUUCUAGAGAGUAAGUCAACUGUGUACCAAGUUUGGUUGAAAAGGUAUUCCAGAGUUAUGCUGGAACAUACACACACAGAGAGUGGGGGGGGGGAGAGAGAGACAUUUAUAUAUAAUGAGUAAAGUGAAGCUUAGAAAACAUUGAAUGGAGAUAUCUGUUUACAGCAUUCCCACCUACCCCACCCCCUCAGUGUUUUUGAAUCUUUUCUUUUAUGUACACUGAGAGCAUAUGCACCAAGACAAAUUCCUUGUGUGUCCAAUCACACUUGGCCAAUAAAAUUCUAUUCUAUUCUAUUCUAUUCUAAUUAUAACAUAGUUGUGUAAAAUGAUAAUUUUACAAAUGAUGUUUCUGAAGGAAGUAAAACACUUCUGGGAAGUGCAUCUAAGCACAGACAAGCCAGUCCUGAAGCCAUCCCUAUGUCAUGAUUUAGAAUCGGUAAAAUGUAAGUGUUCUGCAUAGAGCUCUUCUAAGGGAGGUUCAUCAAAGCAGUAUGCCUGAGGCAAGAAAGCAGGAAUAUAUAUUUCAGUUAUAAAACAGAUUGUACAUUUGUCUGGGCCCUGUUCUGUGACAGCGCAAGAGCAAGUUUGCCCAUAAUUAAAUGAAUACAUUAUUUAUUUAUCUAUAAUGAUUAUACCAUCCUUAAGAUUGUAUUUCAAGAGCGGCUUGCCAAGACUGUCAAAGCAUAAUGAGGAAAUGGACAAUCUAAAAGCCAUGAAAUCAAGAGAGUGGUUAUCAGGAUAAGAAGAGCAUUUAAACAUCUCAAGGACGGUCUCUCUAGUGACCAGUGUGAUAAUGAAAGGCAAGGUUGGUUGUUCCUUGGCCUGCAGCGAGAUUUAUGCUUCAGUCUGGCUGGAUCGUGUUUGCACUGUAGCAAAAUAAAUAACUGGUACAAUGUUCAAUCAAUUAUUUAAACCACAAGAUCAUAAGGUAAGCUGGCGUACGUUGCGGAUAAAACUAUGAAUUUAGCUGAAGGCAACCUUGUCAGCAUUAUGAGUGUAACCAUGAUUCGAUUACCAUGGUUUCAUGAUAAUCAGGAAUGCAAUGAACUACUUUCUUCUCUGCUUCAGCCCAACCAUCCCUCUUCACUUGCUCAAAAACAUGUUUUCCAAGUCAGGCUCACCACAGAACACUCACUACUCCCUUCAGGGUGCAGCUAUAUUAGUCUUUCUGCCUUAAAUGUGUGCCUAUUUGGGGUUCAUUUUCCCCUUUUUCCUGCUCCCUGCACUUGAGCAAUCAGAAAAUAUAAUAAAUGCCCACUGCUUAUGCAAAUGGAGCCCCGAUGCGUCUACCACUCACACAAAACCAUCCCCUGCCCCUACUGUCGGGCCGCUAAGCCAGAAUUUUCCAGUGUUUCAUUAUAUAACAAAAAAGCAAGAUAAAAAUGUCCAAAUAAACAAAUUAAGCGCGAAAUAAAACCCAGAUCCAACAGAGGUUGGGUACACAGGCAGUCCUCAACUUACAACAAUUCAUUUAGUGACCGUUCAAAGUUACAACGGCACUGAAAAAAGUGACUUACGACCAUUUUUCCACCAUUAGAAUAGAAUAGAAUAGAAUAGAAUAGAAUAGAAUAGAAUAGAAUAGAAUAUUUAUUAUGACCAUUCCCACCAUGGUCACGUGAUUUACAACUGGAUGUUGGCAACUGGUUCAUAUUUAUGACGGGUGCAGUGUCCCAAAGUCAUGCGAUCCCUUUUUGCAAACUUCUGACAAGCAAAGUCAAUGGGGAAGCCAGAUUCACUCAACAACCGCGCUACUAACUUAACAACUGCAGUGGUUCAUUUUAACAGAUGUGGCAAGAAAAGUCGUGAAAUGGAGCAAAAGUCAACAAAUUUCUCACUUAGCGACAUAAAUUUUCAGCUCAGUUGUGGUUGUAAGUCGAGGACUCCCCAUAAACUCUCUCAAAUGACCCUCAAUCUUUGGUCCAUAGUGGCUAGUAAUUCAAAGAAUUGUAUUCUUCAUACUGGAAGG